AUGAUAACUUGCGGUGUACUUCCUAUUGACAGGAUGACAGAGCACCGUGAAGCUAUCCAGGUGGUGGUUGACAAGGUCCCUCGCAAGGUAAUCGAGAAGGUUCUAAGAGCUUAUUGUGCUUCUCGUGGCUACGUUGCCUCUAGUGGACUACCUGAUGAAACCAAAGCAGCGAGGCAGAUUUUGAAAGAUUACUUGGGAGGUAAGCUGCCACAUAUUGCAAUGCCACCUGGGAUGAUGAGUGAAGAGAAGGUGGAGGAGGAUGGUAGUGCAGAAACAGGUUCAGAUUCUGAGGAAGGUGAGGAUGAUGAGGAGGAGAGUGAGCAAGUUCCUGGGAUUGAUGAUGUGUUGGAGGAUCUGAGCUCGUUUGAUCUGGCGAAUGGGCUUGCGUCUUCUAAGAAAGUGGCGGUGAAGAAGGAAACUGGGUCGCAUAAACAGCAUAAGAAGCCACAAAGGAAGAAGGAUAGGAACUGGAGAGUUAAGAACACAGAGGAGGGAGAUGGAAUGCCUCUGGUUAGAGUUUUUCUGAAACCUGCUAACACAGGGCCUCUCACUAUGCGUUGA